AUGUCUCGUGCCCUCCUCAUCACCGGCGCGACCGGCAGACAAGGCGGAGCUGUUAUCAACGCUCUCGUCGCAAAGCAGCCCUCAGACUUUCUUCUCCUCGCCGUCACCCGCAAUGCGCAAUCCCCCAGCGCAAAACGUCUCGCCGCCAAGUCGCCCAACAUCAAGCUGGUCGAGGGUGAUCUCGAAUCAAUCCCCUCUCUCUUUCAAUCUGCCAAGAAGGUCGCCGGAACUAUACCACUCUGGGGCGUUUACUCUAUCCAAGCAUCCGGCGGCAAAGCUACCGUAUUGGAGGGCGAAGUGAGGCAAGGAAAGGGCCUGAUUGACGAGUCAAUCAAGGCAGGCGUCCAACACUUUGUCUACAGCAGUGUUGAUCGCGGCGGUGACGAGAGAUCUUGGGACAAUCCAACCCCUGUACCACACUUUGAAACUAAGCACCGGAUCGAACACCACCUGCGCGACUCGACUUCCAAUGGCAAAAGCACCAUGGGCUGGACUAUUCUGCGACCCACAACUUUCAUGGAUAAUCUAGGACCGAGUUUUGCAAUGAAGGUAUUUCUGACACUUCUUCGCGACACAAUGAAGGACAAGCCGGCACAAUGGAUCGCAACCGAGGACAUCGGCUACUUUGCAGCUGAGGGUUUCUCUGACCCAACGACUUGGAACAAAAAGGCCAUCGGAUUAGCUGGCGAUGAAUUGACCUUUUCGCAACUCAGCCAGUCUUUUGAGAGGGCCACGGGAAGUCCGGCGCCGACAACGUUUAGUUUACUUGGAAAGGCGCUGAAGCAUGGCGUCCCUGAGAUGGGUGGCAUGGUAAGCUGGUGGUACGAUGACGGAUACGGCGCCAAUGUGGCAGAGAUUCGGAGGAUUCAUCCCAACGCGACGACUAUGGAGGCGUAUUUGAAGAAGAGCGCCUAUGUGAACCAGACGACAUAG